CUUUCCUACGGUGUGCAGAGUAAAAAGAAACAGGAAGGAACGCCUAACAAAGAUAGAAUGACAACAAACAUAUGCUAUCGUUGAUUAAUGUGUCUGCUUGAACCACCAGCACUUGUAUUAAUACGUGACUAUUAAUUAAUUGUGUUCCAGGGAAAGAUUAAAAGGACGUUUAGAUAUAACAUUCUCAAUAGUAUUAUGUAUUAUAAAUAAUAUAUACACGUGAGGAUGAUUCAAUUUUGUAUAGAUGAUAGCUUUUUUUGAGCUCUCUAUAUGCAUAUUUGUGUUUAAUUACACGUAAAAAAUGGAUGAGGAUAACGAUAAUGUAUUGACUAGAAGAGGUUAUUAUAAACGAUAUUUACAAGACAACGAUGUACCAGUCCCUGAGUCAACAAUCCGUUCCCGUAGACAACGAGAACAGAUGUCAUUACAACAGGAACAUGAAAUGGAUGUCAUCGACGAUAUUUCUAUGAUAUCAGAACAAUUAUCUGUGAGUUCCAAUGACAACGAACGUGCCAUUGCUGCUGAAGACAUAUCGGAAGAUAGUGAUCAAAGUAUCAAUGAUCCAAUAUCAUCUGGCAAUCCAGAAAAUAAUGAUGCAGAUACAAGUAUGGAUGACAUCUCUGUAGUUAAUAGAACUGACUCUGAUACUGCAUCAAUAUCAGAUGGUUCAAAUAGUUCAAUCGGAAACGAAAGACAAAGCGUGCCUGAUAUUGCAGCUAAUGAUAACACAUCGGAUUUGGAAGAUGUAUUUCAAAAUUAUGAAGAAUUCUUAGAGCCUGCAGGAAAUGUAGAUUUUGUUCUACCCGAGGAUAAUGAUCAGGAACGAAUCCCAUUAUAUGAACAAUCGAAUAUAUCCAAGAUAGAAAGUGAACUUCUCAUAUUAAACUUUGCGAUGCGGCAUAGUCUAACCGAUGUUGCUCUUGAAGACCUCAUCACUUUGAUAAACUGUCACCUACCGUACUCAGUAUAUCACACGAAGCAUAUAUUUAUGAAGAAAUAUGAUACUUCAGCGUCAAUCCGUAAAUGCUAUUAUUGUCCAGAGUGUUAUGUAAGAUUGAAAACGCUUGCUGCGGAUGAUAGAGCAAAAGAAAACUUUGUUUGUCGAGAAUGCCAAUAUAGAUAUAACAAACAUGCAUUGGGAAAAAACGGUAACUAUUUCCUAUAUUUACCUUUAGAGCGGCAGUUGCCCGACUUUGUGAACAGCAACAAAUACGCUAUGCUUCAAAGAGAAAACGAUAAUUGUUCUGAUAUAACUUCUGGAAAGUUUUAUACAUCUUUAAAAGAUGCUGGGGUAAUUCAAUUACAUGAUAUCACGGUACAGAUCAGUACUGACGGCGUUCAAGAAUUUCGUUCAUCAUCUGUGUCAAUGUGACCUAUACAGGUGAUGGUGAAUGAAUUGCCGUACAGAGAAUGGAGAAAAAAAUAUGAUGUUAUGUGGUCUGUGGUAUGGCAAAGAAAAAUCUGAUAUAAAUUUGUUUUUAUCUUUACUUGUCGAGGAAUUGAUCUCCAUGCAUGAAGUAGGUAUUACGCGUAACACGGCAGGCGAAGAAGAAAUUCGUAUUAAAGUACAUACAAUCGCGUCUCCUGUAGAUUCUGUGGCGCGACCUUUGUUACAAAACAUAAAACAGUAUAACGGGACCUUCGGUUGCAGCUUUUGUUUGCAUGAAGGUAUACACGUUGAAGUCGGUAGAGGAAUGACAAGAAUAUAUCCCGGUUGCGUAAAGGAACCGCGCACAUUGCGCCAACAUGAAAUAGAUUGUGAAACUGCUGUGCAAACUCGAACUACACCUCAUGGUGUGAAAGGGCCAUCGGUUCUAAUGCUGCUACCAGUCUUUGACAUUACGUCU